GAAAAUCGAGAAGAAAUAGAUGCCAAACUGCCAUAUGACAUUAACCGACGUUGUAAGUAAACGAAUUCCUUCGCCGUUUUGGUCACCAAUAUCUCCGUCGGAGCCUCCGCCCAAAGCCGCGGCGUCGGCGUUGCUGAUAUCUGCAAAGAUUGAGAUGACUUUGAACUCCGACGCUGCUUCGUCGCUGGUCCGGCUAAACAUCGGAGGGAAAAAGUUUUGCACAACAGUUGAUACCUUGACUCAGCGUGAGCCUGAUUCGAUGCUUGCAGCAAUGUUCAGUGGACGCCAUGCUCUGUAUCAAGACUCUGAAAAGGGAUAUGUUUUUGUUGAUAGAGAUGGGAAACAUUUUCGUCACAUUUUGAAUUGGUUGAGGGACGGUGUAGUCCCUAUUAUGAAGGAUUCUGAAUACUUGGAACUUCUAAAAGAGGCUGAAUAUUUCCAGCUUCUAGGGUUGAUUGAUGGUAUUAAAACAUCUUUGAAUAAGAGGAAGGAGGAAGAGGAAAUAUGCACAGAACUGACACGGAUUGACAUCAUUAAGUGUAUACAGUCUGAGAAGGUCAGAUUUCGAGGAGUCAAUCUAUCAGGCCUUGAUCUUUCAAAACUGGACCUAUCGUAUGUUGACUUUAGCUAUGCAUGCCUGAAAAAUGUAUUCUUUUCCCGUGCAGAUCUUCAUUGUGCCAAAUUUAAAGAUGUAGAUGCGGAGACUUCUAUAUUUCAUAAUGCGACUUUGAGAGAAUGUGAAUUCACAGGAGCUAAUCUUCGUGGAGCUCUUUUAGCUGGGGCCAACCUUCAGAGUGCUAAUCUGCAGGAUGCUUGUUUGAUAGACUGUAGCUUCUGUGGCGCAGAUCUGCGAUCUGCACACCUACAGACGGCCGAUCUUACGAGUGCCAACUUAGAAGGAGCUAAUCUCGAGGGAGCCAAUCUUAAGGGUGCAAAAUUAACCAAUGCAAAUCUCAAAGGUGCAAAUUUGCAAAGGGCUUAUCUACGUGAUGUCAAUCUCCGCGAUGCAGCUUUGGAAGGUGCAAAACUCGACGGUGCCAAUCUGCUCGGAGCAAUCAGGUGACGCACAAUCGGAAAAAGAAACAACCUUUAGAUUCUCCAAAGGUUCGUUGCUUUUAGUUUUAUCUAUAUAUUCCGUACUUGUCUCGACGAUCGAGUUAUUUGAAUAUCUUGUGAUAUUUUUUGAAAAAAUUACUGAAUCAAAUAUCUGAGUUUGAAGUUUAACUUGUUUGAUAUAA